GCAACACUAUUUCAAGCUGUCAAAUUGGCGGCGCCGUGCAUCGGCGAUUAGUGGCUAUAUUUUCGUGAUUAAGUUUAUUAUUAUGGAAUUGUGUGUCUUAAUUGCUGCUUUAUAGUAAGAUAAUACUGUUAUAAAAUCAUGGCGAACCACUACGAGGUGCCCAGCUGGGCUGGCAAACCACCCACUGGCCUGCAUUUGGACGUGUUGAAAGGCGACAAACUAAUACAGAAACUAAUGUUAGAUGAGAAGAAAUGUUACCUAUUUGGCCGGAACCCCCAGAUGAAUGACUUCUGUAUAGACCAUGCCAGCUGCUCUAGAGUGCAUGCGGCGUUUGUGUACCACAAAGACUUAAACAGAGCGUUUUUAGUUGAUUUGGGAAGUACUCAUGGUACUUACAUUGGUAAGAUGCGUUUAGAAGCCCACAAGCCUACACAGCUGCCCAUAGACUCCAAUUUCCAUUUUGGGGCUUCCACAAGAAACUAUAUUAUAAGAGAGCGGCCUAUGGGCAACACACGAGGCAUAAUGGAAGAACUCCCAAACACCGAGACGGAGGGCGCGCUGCUCGGCCUGCCCGAGACGCAGACCGAACUAGACAAUUUAACGGAAUUUAACACGGCACACAAUCGGCGGAUCUCCAUGCUGGGUAUCUCGACGGACGACGGCAGUGACGUCAUGAAGCCACCAACGGGCACCAAACGCUCGGCAUCGACGCCGGCCGGCGGCGUGCUGAAGAAACAGCGCCGAAACGUCUCGUUCAACGAGGAGGUGGACAUCAUCAACCCCGAGGACAUCGACCCCACCAUCGGCCGGUUCAGGAAUCUGGUCAAGAGCACUAUAGUGCCUAAUGCCAAUAAUCUGCCGAGGAAGCUGAAGCUACAGAGCGCUGAUGAUAGUCAACACCACCACUCGCUGCGCCUGCAGGAGAUCUCUCGCGGCGCGGCGCUGUACUCGGACCUGCCGGCGCCCAGCUCGCACCUCAGCCUCAUCGGCGCCAGACUGGGGCUGUCGCUGCCCAACCCGGCGCCCGACGUGGAGCUGGAGGGCCCCGAGCCGGCGCACCACGCGCAGCCGCCGCCGCCGCACGCAGCCGCAGAAGAAUCGGGCCCGUCCAACGAGCCAAAACGCAAGAAGUACGCCAAGGAGGCGUGGCCCGGCCGGAAGCCCGGCCUGCUGCCCGCCGUGUGAGACUGAGCCGUGCGAGCCGUGCCAGGCGUGCGAGGCGUGCCGGGCGUGCCAGGCGUGCGGGCCGUGCCAGGCGUGUGAGAAGAGAAUCCGUGCGGGAAAGCGGGCGCAACGCUCUAAUACAUGUAUUAUUAGUACAAACUGCAUUUUUUGGAUUACCAUCUGCAAUCACUUUCUGACACUAUUUCAAUCCAUACCUACACGUGUUUCCGGACAUUUUGUCCUGUAGUGUCUUUUGUUUUUAAACCGAACUCAUCCAAAGAAUCUAGAGUUAGACCAAGAUCUAUAGUUAGAUCAAGACCAAGUCACACGCAGUGAAAGUGUUAUUUAUACGUCAUCAUUUCAUAGAAGUUUGACGUUUAAAAUAACACUAGCAUCGCGUGUGCUAUCAAGAAUCACUCUAUUGAUAUGUGAAAACCGCAUGAAAAUCCGUUCAGAAGCUUUUGAGUUUAUCGCGAACAUACAUACACACAAACGUACAGACGCGGCGGGGGACUUUGUUUUAUAAGAUGUAGUGAUAUACUUAAUUUGAAUUUUAUAACUGCUAUGUAAAGCAACCGUGUGAUUAAACAUGUUAUUAGAACGUUGCGCCCGCGCCUACCUUUUCAGCACAAUACGGAUAGAAAGGACUAUCGCAGAUGAUAUUUGUAGCUAAUAAGCUAAACUAUGUAAUUUUAUAAAUAUUGCUAUAAGUUGG